AUGAUGAUCCCUCACGAAUUACCCACGGGUCCCACACAAUACUAUAUUCUAGCGGCUAUCGCAUUUUUCACCUAUUCGACGAGUCUUGACUCGGAAUUUGUUUAUGAUGACAGACCCGCAAUUUUGAACAAUGAGGAUGUCACCGGACACACAUCGUGGUUGACAAUGGCGAUUGACAACGAUUUCUGGGGCAAUCCGAUCCGACUCAAAGGAUCGCAUAAAAGUUAUCGUCCAUUAAUUACGGCCACGUUUCGCAUUCAACACAAUCUUCACGGAUUCCGCGCGCCACUAUUCCAUCUGCUCAACGUCAUCCUUCAUACCGCCAACAGUUGCAUGGUGCUCAAACUCUCGACAUCUUUAAUCCCAAAUGAAUCCUUCUCGUUCCUCUCAUCCGUCUUGUUCGCCGUCCAUCCCAUUAAUACUGAAGCGACUUGCUCAAUUGUUGGCCGGGCUGAUCUGCUCGCAACAUGCUUCGUCCUCAUCGCGGUGUUGCUCUACAAACAAUGCCAGGCUGUUGGUCGCUCAAUAUUGAUUGCUGUCCUUGCGGUUUUAUCGAAAGAAACCGGCAUUGUCCUCCUACCACUACUCAUUCUAUACGAUCUUCUUUUGAUCUCGAACACGAAAACUGUCCAAAGGAUUCAGAAAAUGAUUGGGGCACUGAUCAUCAUUGCCUACAUCAGAAUGGCGGUUAAUAAUUUCGAGCAGCCAAGCUUCUCCAGAGCUGACAAUCCGACUUCAAUGGAGCCAUCAUUCCUUGUAAGGAGUAUGACAUUCAUAUACCUUCCUGUCUUCCAUCUAAUGCUGAUGGUCUUCCCAAAAAAUUUAUGUUUUGAUUGGUCCAUGGAUGCAAUAGAACCAAUUCGAUCCUUCUAUGAUCCCCGCUUCCUAAAAUCGAUUCUAUUUUACUAUUCUUUGACAAAUAUUGCCGUCAAAUUUCUCAAGGAGACUAUCAAGAAGCCAAAGAAAAUUGGAAUCCCUCAGAAAACGCUAUUCCUUCUGGGUUUCAUGUGUCUUCCGCAUGUUUUAUCGUCGAACUUGAUUGCCUAUGUCGGAUUUGUGGCCGCCGAGCGCAUUUUGUACCUGCCGGCUAUCGCAUAUUCAUUGCUGAUUGGCCUAAUCGCAUCGCUUCUUUUCAGAAAACGACGAGAAAAAUGGGUUUGUGGAAUGUUUAUGGUAAUCAUUGGCAUUCAUUUUCUACGGACCAUGCAAAGGGUGAAUGAUUGGAAAACCGAGGAGAGCCUUUUCAAAAGUGCGAUUCAUAUUAAUCCGGCCAAAGCCCAUGCGAAUCUUGGACACGUCUACUCAUCGCUGAACAAUUUCGAGAAGGCCAAAUUCCAUUAUGAAUCGGCUCUCAAACACCGUCCGACACUUUCAGACACAUGGUACAAUUUAGGUGUGCUUCUAUCGAAAAAUGAUAGCAAUGAAGCGGCAAAGUGCUAUUUGAAUGCGUUGAAGUAUCGAAAAAAUUUCGCCACUGCUCAUCUGAAUCUGGCACUUGUUCUAUGGGAGAAGGGACGAAUUGAGGAUGCCAUGAGCCAUCUCGAUCAGUGUAUUAAUGAUCCCGGGACGAAUGUGAAGUCGUUCAAGAAUCACGCGAGGAUUCGUGCUAUUUGCGCGCUCAAUCAAGGCAGAUUCCUUCAGAAGCUUGAUCGAUUCCGCGAAGCUGUUCAUGUUUUAAAGAAGGCUCUUCAAAUUGCACCAGCGUCUUUUGAGCACACAUCAUCUGUCUUUAAUUCGAUCGGACAGUGCUAUACGGGAAUUGGGCAGACAAAGUUGGCCGAGGAUUAUUAUGAAUCUGCGCUUCGAGCGAAUCCCCUUUACGUGAAUUCAUAUUUAACCAUGGCCAAUCUUCGAAUUCUUCAAAACAAGUCUGAUGAGGCUGCCGAGUUGUUGACAAAAGCGUUGGACAUUGCACCUGACUCGAUUGCAGUUCUUCAGAAUAUCGCUAGAAUGGAGCACAAGAAUGGCCACUACAACCAGUCCCGUUUGUAUUAUACAAAGAUAUUGGAUCUCGAUCCCAACAAUCGGGAGGCACUUCAAGGCUUUGCCAAUCUUCUACGCGAAUCUGGAGCUCCGUUGCAAGCCGAGACGUUUUAUCGAAAAUUGGCCCAACUUGUCCCAAACUCGGCAGAAGCACAAGCCAACUAUGGAGCAAUGCUACACUCGAAUCGAAAAUAUGAUUUGGCGCUUCAAGCUUACAACCAGGCAUUAAAAUUGAAUCCGACGGAUCGAAUAGUCAUUGAGAAUCGUUUAAAAUUGUUGAAUAUCAUGAAACGCAAUGGUUAUCAUUUAUAG